UGCACUCCCCCAUGUCAAGCAAGUAUAGCUGCGCUCUGACUCCUCCUAUGGUAUCUUAAACGUCCACCAUGAAGAGGAAGUGGAUUAACUGCACUCUUUGAAUUCACAAUUGGUGGACUUGGUGCUGCCAAGCAAUUGCAAACGUAGAUCACACAGACCUUUCAAUUUGUUAACAAAGGUUGAUGCACUAAAUUAUACUCUAGAAAUCAUCUGCAAUGGAUAAUAUGAAUGAGCUGUGGAAUUCAACAGCUUUUACAGAAAAUGUCUACAUCUCAAAACGAAGUAUUAGAAAGAUUCUCAUCAGCAAGAGGCAUUAUCUGCCUGUGGAGAGUAACAUUUCUGACACUGUGAAAAUGAGCUAUAAUCUACCCAGGGAAGAGGACAUCUGUACUUCGACCAGUCGCAAUGAAAGAAAAACUAAAAAAAUAAGAAUCCAAGAGAAUUCAGGGACUCAAGCUACAUGCCACUUUCCUCAGAAAUGUUCUGAACAAUCCUAUGAAGAGGAGAGAGAAGUUGAUAUAACUGAUGUGAAGGCUGAGCCUGGAUCUGAUUCCCGACUGAAUCAUGAGCACUUGGAAGCAACCAGCAUCACCAACGUAAAAGUGAAACAGGAGGUGGAUAUAACUGUGCCAUGUGAACUGGCAGCGAUUCCAAGAGAUCAGCAGGGGACUGUGGGGGAUAAAUGCGAGACUGAGGGAAAGGAAGCAGGUUCUUCUCAGAAGCAGGUUUUAAAAAAUAAUUUGGUCUUUGCAGGCAUGAAGAAGCGAGGGAUAGAGGGAGACAUGGAAAACCGCCCGUACAAGUGCCCAUACUGCAGCUGGGCUUUCAAAAAGUCCAGCAACCUGUUGAGCCAUAUCAACACUCACCAGGGUCUUAAACCACACGUUUGUGACCUGUGUGGGAAGGCCUACUCGCACCAAGGAACUCUUCAGCAGCACAAGCGGCUCCACACGGGCGAACGACCGUACCAAUGCCCAUUUUGUGAGAAAAGCUACAUUUGGUCCUCUGACUUCCACAAACACAUCCGAACGCACACCGGAGAGAAGCCGUACAACUGUGAGGAAUGUGGCAAGGAUUUUGUGCGUUCCUCAGACCUGCGGAAGCACGAGCGCAACAUGCACACCAACAACAAGCCUUUCCUCUGCAAGCAGUGCGGCCAAACCUUCAACAAACCCCUGUCUCUUCUCCGUCACGAGCGCACGCAUUUGGGUGAGAGGCCCUUUGUUUGCCCGGAGUGUGGGAAAGCAUUUGCCCUGGCCAGUCGCAUGACAGAGCACAGGAAAAUCCACAGCGGCGUGCGUCCCUACACCUGCUCCAUUUGCUCCAAAGCAUUCACCAAGUCCUCCAACCUCGCUGAACAUCUCACAGUUCACAGCGGAGUGCGGCCGCACAAGUGCUCAGAGUGUGGGGUGGCAUUCGCCACGACGUCCCGGCUAGUGCGACACCAGCGUAUUCACGCAGCUGUGCGCUCCAAUCACUGCCAAAGCUGCGAUCUGUCAUUCAGCCACCCUGCGGCACUCAGGAAGCAUCAGAAGCAGCAUGGAGAGGGUACAAUCUUUGUAUGUGGGCAGUGCAGUAAGUCUUUCCCCCAGGAUUCCCUGCUUACAGAACACAUGCAAAGCCAUGCAGAUGCUGCGAUUCAUAUUACUUAAAUCUACCCAUUUUGCACUGAAGUAACUGCAACAGGAUAGCAAGUAAGGCUAGUUAUUUUAUCUAUCUAUCUAUCUAUCUAUCUAUCUAUCUAUCUAUCUAUCUAUCUAUCUAUCUAUCUAUCUAUCUAUCAGAAUCCAGCCUUAACAACAGUUAUAGCUAGAAUAAAAAACUAGUGUUACCUGCAGGGAAUUGUGGGGACCACUGAUGAAAGACUUUGAUUUCAAAUGAAUCACUGUGUAUAUUCCUAAUAAAAGAACACACUGUAAACACACUGGUGACCCGUAUGUAAAAUGUUAUUGGCAGCUGAUGGAAUCAGAGACAGUGAUAAAGAAUAUUGUGAAUUCUCUUCGAGUUUUCAGAUGCACAGUGCUAUUUUAAGUUACAAGAUAUGUAUGCAGACUGCUAUAUUUUGUUAUUAAAUGCAUGCAGUAGGGGAAAAUUUGUAAUUUUAUUUUGAGGUUGCGGGGAUGGGGUUGGUCAGACGUUAUAUGAUGAAUGAAAUUAAUUAUGAACUGUUACCUUUUCUUUUGGACUUACAUUAAAUCACAUGUUGUAUAAUUGUAAAUAUGUCAUUACCAUCAUAAACAAUUCUCAAUUUAAAAUAAAGUCACCUAGACUACAAUAAAACAUGAGAGCGUGUUGGAGUAGUGACUCAGUCCUGUUUUUCCACACUUCUGCGAACAUGCCAGAUCUGCACACUCAUGGUAAAAAAAGAUGGCAUACAUCUUGUCAAAUUCCACUGUCCUGCUAUGCCUAUGGAAUAAGAGAUGUUGGCUCAUGGCAUAUUUUUAGUUGACUAAUUUUACUCGGAUACAUUGGCAUAUACAAAUACAACUGAUUUUUAUUAGAGGUUUUUACAAUAAAAGAAUACAUUUUUUGGUAAAGAUAUUGAAUAAAACAUCAAUAUCUCUUCCUCUGGAAUAAAUCAAGGCUGUGGUCCAAAGGGGUCACCUGUACAACAUUUUCCCUCAUUUUCACCUCUGUCCAGCCCCAUAUCUUAAACAUUUGAAUUAUGAAAAGCCACUUAAAUUAUUUAAAUCAUUUUGUGUGUGGAAAGGUGGGAUGAGGGAUGGAAGUGUUACAUGUUAUACAAUUUACUGACACUGCCAGCUGUGGAGACGUCUUAAGUUCAUGUUUCCAUAGGUCACAGCACCAUUU